AUGACGUCACGUGUAGCCGCACUGAGCCACACGUGUAGCUUUAGCUGCUUACCGGCUAAAGUACAGGGAGAAGCUCGCCGUGUGGCUGUUUAGGCUGACUCUGAUGGACAACAGAGCUUCAUGACACUGAAAGCUGUCUAAAGUCAUGGCAGAUAGAGAAGAAAACCUUGUUGAAAUGGAUGAAGGCACAAAUGGCACAGAUGAAGACGUGGAAUUGGAAGAACAGGCAGAUGGACUUGAACAGGACGAACUUGAAGGUGGUGACCUGGAGGAGGAGGAUGAUGGUGAUGACGAUGAAGACGGAGAACAGUUAGAUGAUGACGAGGCGAAAAAGACCAAGGCCAAAAAAUGCGUCCCAGGCAUCGUGUACUUGGGCCACAUUCCUCCGAGGCUGCGGCCCAAACAUGUGCGGAACAUGCUGGGUGUGUUCGGAGAGAUUGGAAGGGUCUUCCUCCAGUCUGAAGAUCACUCCAUCAAAAAGAAGAAGAGGAAAGCAGGCAGCAAUGGAUCGAGGUUCGUGGAGGGCUGGGUGGAGUUCAGGGACAAACGCAUCGCUAAGAGAGUAGCAGCCACUCUGCACAACACACCCAUAGGCACCCGCAAGAGGAGCCCCUUCAGCAGUGACCUGUGGUCCAUAAAAUACCUGCACAGGUUCCAGUGGUGCCACCUGAGUGAGAGACUCGCGUAUGAGCAGAUGGUCUAUCACCAGCGCAUGAGGACCGAAAUCUCACAGGCCAAGCGCGAGACCAACUUCUACCUGGCCAGCGUGGAGAAGAGCCAGACUCUGGACAGACUGAGGGAGAAGAAGAAGAUGAAGGGCGAGGCCUUUGACGAGAAGAGCUGGAACUUCACACAGCGACGCACAGAAGAGGAAAUGAGGCUGGACCGAAUGAAGAGGAAAGGCCUGUCCAAGAAGAACCUCCAGAAAGCUCAGGAGAAGAGCAGGGCCAUUCAGGAGAAAGCGCAGUCCAAUGUGUCCCUGCUGGCGAAGAUCUUCAGCAGUGGAAGAUCUCAGGACUGAGCAGUGUUCUGGAUGGUGCUUUUGCCUCAGAGUUAUAACUGUGCAGAUUUCGACUGAUAGCUGACCGAGCGUGAGUGUAUGUGUGCGGGUAACUUGAGAACUUCAAGACUUUCAGCAAAGCAUGGAAUAAUCCAGGUCACUGGGAAUGAAAACAUUGACAUUUCAUUGACGGCUGAAAACUUUGGAUCUUUUGUAAUGAGAUACAUCAGUUAUUUGUUUCUACGCAGAAUGUAGUACUUAAUGAUUAACAACAUAAAUGAGCACCCCUUAUUCAAGGGAACGCCGACUCUUAAGACUUAUAUGCUUUAAAAUAGCAUGUGUGUCCAGUGUCAUUAAAAUAUGAUGCAUAAACUAAAUAGAAAUGUUCAGUUUAUUAUAAAAACAUGACAAAUAGGCAAAUCCCACUGCCAGUAGCACCAUCAGCUAAGUGACCAGUGUCACACUGUCAUAUGGUUGCACUGGACUUGGUUCUACUGUAAAUAAGACAAUGUUUUUUUUCUUGUGUAAUGCCACAGCACAUCUAAAGCUGGAAAGGCUGAAUGUUUGAGUUAAUUUAGAUACUUUUUCCCUAUUCAUCGCUCAGUAGAUGAGAGCGAUCGUUUGUUCCUGCGACAAAAAUGGCACCGUACUAGUAAAGGAAUUUAGUCUGGUUUUAUAAUAAAUAAAGUAUUGUACUUGGUUUA